AGAUCAGACAAAAUCAACGGCUCAGAUUAACUCCUCAGUUCAUGGCUCUUCUUUUAUCUUCUCUGUCUCUUCUCUUUUCUCACUUCCCUCUUUCUCUCUUUCACUUUGCUCUGUUCACUCAGAGCAUCAAGAAACAAAAGAGAGAAACCAAAAACACACAAUACUAACGAUGUUGCUAGGGAAGAGACAGAGACCACCAAUAAAGAGAACCACAAGUCUCUCGGAGAUUAAGUUCGAUUUGAAUCAACCUAGCGAACAAGAACCAUCCAAUCAUCAGAUUCAGCUCGUGACCAUUGAUGAACAUCGUCAAGUUCAUCAAAGAUUGUUAGAUCAACGGCUCUUAGCGAUGGUCUCACCUAGAGGUACACAGAGAAGACACUCAAGUGAUUACUCCGAAGAUUUUCUGAGAUCUUGCUCUCUUUGUAAACGUCUUCUUGUUCCUGGCCGUGACAUCUAUAUGUAUAGAGGAGAUAGAGGGUUUUGUAGUUUAGAGUGCAGGCAACAACAAAUUACAGUGGACGAGAAGAAAGGUUCGGUGAGGUCCACCGUCGUCGUAGCCGCCGGAACCACCACUGGAGAGAGGGUUUCCGCCGCCGUGUAGGUCUCUUUACAUAUGUUAUAUAAUAUCGGUAAGGAUUGUAUUAUAUGCCUGGUUCUUGUAAUUUUAUGUAUAAAAAGCAUUGAGCAUUGACUGUGAUUAACCAUGUUAAUCAUCCUAUAAACUUUGCUUUUAAUCUUAAGAAUUAUUGUGUUUUGCAUAUUAAUUAUUAGAUUUGUGUUCUACUGA